AUGCGACGUAAACGGACACUCAUUCUUAUUCUCGCGACCCUUGCUUUAAUCCUCGUGUUAAGUUUGGUCAUCAACGUCCCGUUGGAUCUGCGGUUGCUUGUGCUGACCCCGAAGAUUCUCAAGUAUAGAGGGGUGAUUCAGCAACACGCCGCUAAAAAAGCGUUGGACGCUCGACUGAUUUGCGCCUUGAUUGUGCAGGAAUCUGGGUUUGACGAAGAGGCAAAAAGCGCGGUGGGGGCGCUGGGGUUGACACAAUUGAUGCCAACCACAGCAAAGGAACUCGGCGUGCAAGAUCCGUUUGAUGGGAAUCAGAGCAUUGCAGGCGCGACGCGUCAUCUACGCACGUUGUACAACGCUUUCCCAGAAAGCCCACACGAACAUCGGCAUCGGUUAGUGUUAGCGAGUUACAACAGCGGUCUCGGACGGGUUCGCGAUGCACAAGCACUCGUUCGCUACCAUGACGCCGGAGACCCACUUCUCUGGGAACCCGUGAGCAUUGCACUCCGCCAGUUGACGAAGCAACACACCUCUAUGCAUCGCGAGGUCUGGGAAAGCGGCAGACCGCCCCACGGUUAUUUUGAAGGUGCCAGCGAAACGUUGACGCACGUAAAACGGGUGAUGCGCUACUACGCACGCAUCCGUUUCUAUGAGGGAUUGCUGUUUUUCCUCUGA